UCUUCUCGUGGCAUGUACGACGGCGCGCUAAGCGGAUUCGUCACUUGACUGUGUCAUCUGUCAGCCAACACCGUCGCGUUGUAAUCAACGUUGAUUUUCAUGAUCAAUCAUUGACUUGAACACCAACCAGUCGACAUUAACCGAAAAAACUGACGAUUAUCGUCACUCCACCAGCUGUCAAUUGUCAUUUCGGUGAAUCCCAUCAUUUGUAUUAAAAAGCAAACCUCAAAAUGUUGGUGGAAAUCGUUGUCCAGUGGGUCUGGAGUAUCACGAGUGGAAUGAGAACUGAUUUGGCCUAUAGUAUUGUCGUUUUUCUGAGUGCUCUCGGGGUUGUGAGGGCCUUCCAGUGGUUCAAGUACCUCAGAAGUCUACCCCCAGGGCCCUGGGGCUUUCCCAUUCUCGGCUAUCUACCGUUCAUCAAAGGAGAUCUUCAUCUUCAAUUUGGGGGACUUGCCAAGAAGUAUGGGUCCAUGUUCUGUGCGAGAUUGGGGACUAAACUCGUGGUGGUACUCAGCGAUUACAGGACGAUCAGAGAUACUUUUAGGCGGGAAGAGUUCUCCGGAAGACCGCACAGCGAGUUUAUGAAUAUUUUGGGAGGAUACGGAAUUAUUAAUGCCGAGGGGGCGAUGUGGAAGGACCAGAGGAAGUUUCUCCACGAAAAGCUGAGGAGUUUCGGGAUGACGUACCUCGGAAAUGGAAGGAAAAUAAUGGAGACUAGGAUAAACCGUGAGGUUGACGUGUUGAUUCGCUCGCUGUCGCAAAAACGUGGUGCACCGACUGACGUAUCACCAUCUCUGGGCAUGUCGAUAAGCAACGUGAUCUGCUCCAUAAUAAUGAGCGUGAGAUUUCGUCACGGUGACACGAGAUUCCGUCGAUUCAUGGAUCUCCUUGACGAGGGAUUCAAAUUAUUCGGGAGUAUAUACUGUGUUAAUUUCAUACCGAUAAUGAAGUAUCUGCCGGGCUUGAGGAAAAUCAGGGACAAGAUUGCGAAAAAUCGAACGGAGAUGGCGGAAUUCUUCCAGGAGACUGUUGAUGAGCACAGGGCGACUUUUGAUGAGAAGAAUAUUCGGGAUCUUGUUGACAGUUAUUUGCUGGAGAUUGAGAGGGCCAAGGCUGAGGGCAGGGAUGCUGCGCUAUUUCAGGGGAAGAAUCAUGAUCGCCAGAUGCAGCAGAUCCUCGGCGAUCUCUUCUCAGCUGGAAUGGAAACAGUGAAGACGACACUGGAAUGGGCUGUGAUUCAAAUGCUUCAUCAUCCAGAAGCUGCUAAGGCUGUGCAAGAGGAGCUGGAUCAGGUGGUGGGUAGAUCCAGAAUGCCAGGACUCGAGGAUCUUCCGUUCCUACCAGUCACUGAAGCCACUAUUCUCGAGGUGAUGAGGCGAUCUAGCAUUGUACCUCUUGGCACGACACACGCAACAACUCGUGAUGUCACGCUGAAUGGCUUUAAGAUACCAGCUGGUGCACAAGUUGUUCCACUGCUUCAUGCUGUUCACAUGGAUCCGGAGUUGUGGGCUGAGCCGGAGGAGUUUCGACCGACUAGGUUCCUUUCCACUGAGGGGAAGGUCACCAGGCCCGAGUACUUCAUGCCCUUUGGCGUUGGGAGGCGCAUGUGUCUGGGUGAUGUACUUGCACGAAUGGAGCUGUUUCUGUUUUUCAGCUCUCUACUCCAUACUUUUGAUAUAGGAUUGCCCGAGGGCGACUCACUGCCCAGCCUCAGGGGCAAUGCUGGAAUUACUGUCACACCUGAUCCCUUCAAGGUUUGUUUCCAGCAGAGGCAUCUUGAUGUCGCUGAUUGCUCGCCGGAAAUGUCUAGUCCACUCAGAAAUUUCGGGUCGCACUGAGGGGGAACGCAACGUUUUGGUACUGCGCUUUCCUUUCGGAAAGACGUUAGCAGAAUGGUGAGGACCUGAGUUGGUGGCUCGAGAGUCACACCCAAAAGACGGUCUUGGUUUAAGGAGAUCGCGACUUGAUUCAAGCGCUCUUUCUACUCGAUUCAAGUGGAAAGACUGAUCCAAUCAGACAGAGUUUCCGAAUCAUUUUGUGGAUGGAAAAGAUUGGUUUAUGGAAACUGGUGUCAAUCUGGAUGAAUUCAGUCCAGAUCAAGAUAUCGUUUUUUUUGGUGCAGGAGUAGUGAUUUGUUAUUUCAAUUUCGAUUAAAUUCGGAAAUGUUAUUUCAAUUUCGAUUAAAUUCGAUGGUAAUAUACAUAUCAGAGUAGGUAAUAUGGUUAGAAGGUUAAAUUGUGUGGCGAUGAUUGAGGAUUGAAAUAAUGGAAAAAGUACAAAGCAAACACCAAAAUUUAAGCACCCCGUUUUAUAUCCCGCCGCCAUAUUAUUUAUUUAUAAUUCUUUACCCGGGGAGAUGUCACUGUAAUUUAUUCAUACAUUAGGUUACUGUAGCAGUCAUUCUCGUUAGUGUUUGCGGUCUUCUGUAAAUAAUCAUUCGAACUAUUGUCUUUACUAUCUGUACAUAGGUCUGAUUGAGGCGUGACAUUUUUUAUGCGCGUGAGUGUGGGAGUGAUUUCUGUGUGACUGGUUUUUUGGAUAUUGUUGUCGAUUUGAAAAGACAACUAGUAUAAGACUGACCCGAAUUACACCGAGUUCGUUCAUAAAUUAUACGCUAUUCAUUGUGGAUUUUACUGCGCUUGAACAGUGAGAGAAAUUUAUUCAGGACAAGCUAAUGUGCAGGCAUUUUGUCACGAGGUGGCUUCAUUUUGAAUUGCUCUUUUGAAAAUAUUUGCUGGACUUCAGUAGAUUCCUCUCGCUGUUCUUAUCAUUACUUUUGAAUUUUGUUGUUAAUCAUGGAAAAUGGAAAUUUUCUCACGCACAGGUUCGUCAACCCCGGUGUACGUGGAAAAAUGAGUCGGUUUUUGUUAGAUUUGAAAUUAUCAUUACCUCAGGUUCAACAGUCUUUUUAGUUCGCUGACCAAUCUUCUUAUCCCCCUCUUCACGAGGUCGCCGAUCAGACUCUCGUGAGUCUGGUGUGUUAUCUCGUGGUGGUUCACUAUACUCUUUGUGAACGAGAGAAAGAAGAAAUGCGACUCUCGAGAGGUUAACGAGAGCAAGACAGAGAAAGUCUUGUGGUGCAUAAUGAACAAAAUUCAAAAGGUAGUUUUCUAAAUUGAAUAAAUUGUUUAUUAAGAUUAGGAACUCUUUAGGCAAUUCUAGGCGAAAAACGUUAGAAUUUUAGUGAUGAGAUUUUUUGAAGGAAAUCAUUUGCAGGAAUUGUGGAGUCACUUUUCUUCGAUCAUCAGAUUUUUCGUAAUGUUAAGUCCAGAAUGUGUUCAUAUAUGGUGUACCCUGUA